CUCAAGGAAAGAGAGGGAGUGCCAAGCUGUUACUGUUCACCCUCUGGUCCAGAUCUUUCUUCAGAAGAAACCUGAGUGGUCUCACAGGGGUUUGGAGGAAGAUUCAUACCUGCUUCACCAGUGAUUUUCAAAGGAGGCAAAUCCUAUCUGAAGCUAAAGUCACAGAAAGAGAUUUGGAAUGAGGAAACAAAUUAUAGCAGCCUGCAAGUUGUAGAAUGAAGAAAUGCAAAUGUAAAGUACUGAACUUUGUUACGGAUAGAUUUACCAAAGAGAAUUACUCUGCAUAACAUGAAUAAUGGAGUUCAGAAGGAAGCCCAUAUCCCAGACUUCCUCGGUUGUGCUGUUUUACUGAGGGUGGGUGGAGUCAACACGUCAUGGAUAAAGACUUCCCUAAUGGCAGUCCCAGGGAGCCCACACCGAACAUCAAGAAGUCAGACAAAUCCUUCAAACGCAAAAAGCCCACCAAAAAUGUGCUGAUCUUUUUAAUCAACAGACAACUGGGCCGGCACAGAAGUGACAUCGACCUGUCAAGAUGGGUGUGGAUGCUGUCAUAAAGCAACUCCAGGGUGGACAUGGCCUUGGACAAAAAGUCAUGUGGCUUACCUGCUGAAGCCUGCCCAGAUCUUUGAGAAAUGAAAUAUAAUUAGAACAAUAAACUCCUCCCAUGUUUGAGUCAUUAAA